CCACUAAGCAAGCACCCAAGCUCGCGCCGACUUCUUCCCAUGAAUGCAGCGCCUGGUUGCUGGUCACCACGCACGUCCCGAGGACGACCAGCAACGACAUGGCGGCUGCCGGCGAGCCGACCGAGGACCUCAUUGAGCUGUUCCGCGAAGUCACUGGCCUUUCGCGACCAGAAGCCGUCGCCCGUCUCAAGGCGAAUGGCAACGACACUGAGCGAGCGACGGACGAGUAUUUCACCGACCCGGACAGUACAAAGUACAAAUACGACGAGUCGCAGUUCGGGUUAGACAGAGACGGAGAGGGCGGAAAUACCUCUGGCAUAUCGUUCAACAUCCAGGGCCCCGAUCAGCUCCCUGUAGGCAGCUACUUCGAUCAUGGUAGCGCGGCUCCCACACGACCGCCGUCGCGGGCAAAUAACAGGUCGCCGAAUGGGGCGCCUUCAAAUCUUGCGCAAGAAGACGACGACCUGCAGCGAGCCCUAGCCGAGUCUGCUGCCGAGUCAGGGAUUGCGCCGCAGGAAGCCGGCAUCGUCGAUUACACGAACAACACGACCCAGUUCGGCCCAGCGAAGCGACCAGAUUACGAUGUGGAACAAUGGGCGAUGGUCCCUACGGGUGCGUCAGGACCAGCAAUCGAGCCCGCACUGCCUCCUUCAGCACGCAAACGACAGCCGAAUGCUCCUUCAUUCGUGCGGGAGUGCACCCGCAUCGACUGCCGCUUGGGCGCCAUGCUCUCGAUAUAUCACAAGAUCCCGCUCGUCCGGAACAUACUCCUCAGCUGUGGACGGCAAUCGCCAAACUAUGGCCACAGCUCUGAAUGGUGGAAAGGACGGCCAAUACUGCAGCCAGAGGCCCUUGUGAAGCUGCAAGUAGGACAGCAACUAUCUGAAGACGAAGCACGACCUGCAUUUCAUGAAGAGAUACAUCGACUCAUGGCUUUCCUGGACAGCUCCGAUCGGGCAUUCGCGCGCGUUGACGCGCUGUUUGAGACGCCGCCGUACCAGAGCUAUACAUGGCACGACAUGGAGGAGAGGCUGCUCAUCGCCUUGUCCAACAUGGCUGAGGAUCCGGAGAACAAUCCUGACUUGAACAUGGAUCCCAUGAUGGUCAGGGGGCGGAUCAUUCCCGUGGAGCCGGACGAUGAUGACACAGACGGCAGCGAUCCAGACGACACCAUAGACUUUGCGCUUUUAGAGAUCCGGAUAGAUCAGGAGCAAUACUCAUGGGUGAGGACUCUCUACGAUGCGCUCGACCAGCUCAUGUGGACACAUGCGUUGUCGCCAGACCACGCGUUCCCAGACCAUUCCAGGAUGGCACUUCUCGUCAAGCCGUCCGAAGUGCUUACGAUGCGCCUCAUGGGCACUGGGCUCACAGCACCAAUCGAGAUUCCCGAAGUGUUCUACGCAGAUCGAUACAUGGAGAGCCACCAAGAGACCGCGCUGCACCUUCAGAAGCAGAUCUUUGAAAUUAAGAGAAACGGGCUGCAAAAGCUGACAGCGUGGGAAGCCCAGCGGACACGUUGCCAGGGCGAAGGUGGCUGCCGAAAGUAUCAGUGGCUGGAGAGUCCUCACUCCAUCCAGGAUUGCCAUCAGAAAGCCAUCAAACACGCACAGUAUCUGCUGGACCGCUUGCGAAAAGACGUGCAAUGGCGGCAUUUCCAGAAGCAGUGGAGUGAAGGCAAAGAGCCCUAUAGAAUCGAGGAUAUCAAGCUUGCCCACACCUGUACAGGGCCGGCCGAAUACACAGAGGAGGAGGAGGAGAAGCGCAUCGAGCUUGAGACAUUGAUACAGACUCUACAAGGCAGGCUCGACCAGCUUGAAAACGACCUCAAGGGCUGCACGGAGAAACGAGAGGAGUACUUUAGGCUUCUCCAAGUAGUGAGCAAGCGACUGACUUGCGAAGCGAAGGACGCAGACGAUGCGCAGUUCGUCUUCAGUUCGGAUCCGCAAGCCUAUAAUGAGGUUUACUGGAACCCGAAACAGAAGUAUCUUCUCCGGGGUGUUGCGCUGACCCCAGAGUUGUCGUAUGUGUGCGUGCGGGAGCCAGACGACCUCAUCCAGGUUGAUGAUGAUGCUUCAACUGGGGAACGGGACCAGUGGUGGAAGAUUCACGCGCCCGCCCAGGAUCACACUCCAGCCACAGUCGAGAAAGCGACCAUUGACGAAGUGUUGCAUGCCGCGAGCACAGAGUCUCGCUACCCCAUGCUUAUUUAUGCAACGGAGGCUGCAAUGCAGGCCACCCCUGUGCCCCUAUCAGAUGCUCUUCGACGCUUCGUGAAACUCGACAAUCGGUCCUUCCAAGCUGAGCUGUCUCGUGAGGCGUCGGAGGAGCAGCCUCCUCACCCUCCUCCCCGGCCAAUAGUUCAGGGUCCAACAAUCGGAAAUCUCGAACAGGCUGGUGGCUACGGCCUUUCUAAACGGAAACACACAGGCAGCUCGUCGAUAGCCACCAACGGAAGCACUCGAGAUGAGCUUGACGAGGUGGAUCUGACCUUUACCGACAGUAAUGCUGACGGGGUAGAGCUCGACACGCCGCCGCCGGGCGAGGCAUUGCACGUCGAGUAUAUGAGACCAUCGCAGUUUGAAGACUCUUACCAGACUGCAGGCGGAUAUGGCGAGGAGGUUGACUGGUCCAAGGCAACCGCUGCUCAUGUCGAGGACGACAACUCAAAAACAGGACCGGAGGGACUCGGGCCUGAGCCCUCUAGUAACGGGCCAGAGAUGCAGGAGCGUGGCAGUAGUGGCGGGCUGAGCUUUGUGAUGCAGCACUCUGGGCGGAGUUCAAGGCAGGGCCCGCCGGACCUGAUGGAUCUGGAGGCUGAUCCCCCGUACAAGGGUGGCUGAUGGGUCGGAAACACAAUGCGAGGCAGGGAGAAAUCAAAGCGAUGGGGAUGCCAUCCAUUUGGAAAGUUAUCUGCAUUGCAAGUUGUAGAGCCUCGAGCUCUCGGGACCGAGGAGCGUGUUGUGCAGCUCGACGUGGGAUUGCUGUCAACCUUGGACAGAUACCUGCCCGUCUUCGGGGUUUUGUAUGCGAAACCAAUGCCUAUGCCAAAAUGAUUCAAGCUAGGAGACCAUCCUUAGCAAAGUGUGAGGGCACCACCCGUGAUAUUAGCCAUCUUGGCUUGCAUUGCGAUUGAAUUUGCGUAAGACUUGCCGCGCCCAACCUUGGCUUAUACGGGCCGUCUUCAUCUGAAAACGGAGAAACUCUAAAUGAAGAACCACCAUCUCCCUCCCAACAGUUCAAUAUAUUCCACCACAAAUGAGUCUUUGUCCCAAACACUUGCCUUGGUCCUUCUCGAUGCACUACCAAAGUGA